AUGAAAGACACCUUUAGGCGGCUCAGGAUCCGUGCUCGUGAGCGCCUCGAGAGUCUCCGGCCCAGCUCUGAUGAAGUCGAGUCACCGAUAGUCGAAGGACAAGUAGCCUCUGAUCGAAUCUCGACCGACUCCCGACAGCAGCAUUCUGAAAUCACCCGACAGGAAGAUCGAGUCGACGUUGCAGCAGAACCAAGAGAUACCUCCGAAUCUACCUCUCAGUUCGGCAAGAACCGUUCACCAAUCGAGAACAUAGAUGGGUCUAGUUGGGCCAAUAUCUGGCCGGAGGCAUACCAGAACGUCAAGACCGAUCCAGAGCAUUCAGAGCUUCUGCAAAAGCUGGAGAGAUUUCUGGAGGGCGAAGGCGGACGUUUGGAGGCUAAUGAUGUCAAACUAUGGGACGAUCCAUCAGGGGCGACUGAUGAUAGUAGUCGGCUAAAGACUAUUCAAAAGAAUGCAGAAGAGACGCUCGGAAAUUUCUCAGAGGUCCAUCUGUCCUUCAAAAUCCGAGAUAAACCUAUUGUGGUCCGCGAAAGUAUUCUCAAGGUUGUUCAGGUUAUCAACACGUUGAAGCCUGUCAUCGGUGGGGCUGUUGCAGCCGAGCCUUCUGCAGCUUUGGCUUGGGCUGGCGUAACGACUAUUUUGCCGAUAUUAGAAAACGUCUUCCAGCAAGAUGAGGAUGCGGCCACUGGUCUCACCAACAUUAUUUUUCUUUUAGCCCGAUAUCAAGGGUUUUAUGAACGGGACUUUACGUCCCAACUAGCAUCACUCAGUGGAUCUGGCGCUUCACAGGAGCUGCUUAAUCGUGUCAGAGACGAGCUUGUUAGCGUGUACGGCAAGAUAUAUGUCUAUGAAGCUCGGUUUAUUCUUCAGUAUGGGAAACGAAACAAAGCACAUCGUGCUCUCAGAAAUGCGCUGAGCGCCGACGACUGGAAGAAGUCAUGGUCAGAUAUUGAGUCGAUUAGCAAUCGUAUUGACAAGGGUGUAGCUGCUCAAGUCAAUACCGCAACGCUUGAGACGUGGAAGGCAGUCAAAGAUGUUCAGGAGCAUGUCGCGAGAGUUGAGGCUAUGCAGAAUGACUUCGACCGAAGGCAGCUCUUGCUAUCUUUACAGGUCACUGGCAACGCUAGUUACGAUUCAUACCGAAGCUCAAAAGUAGAAGCCCCCUGCUUACCAGGCACUCAACGCCAUAUACUUCAGACGAUUCAAGAGUGGACAGAAAACUCUCAGAGUGAAAUGAUAUUGUGGCUUGAAGGAAUGGCUGGCACUGGCAAGACCAGUAUUGCACUUACAGUGGCCAGUGCUUUAGAAGCCAGAAAACCUUUUACUGAUAUUCUCGAACAUGGAAGUAAAGCCUUCCUUGGUGCCAGCUUCUUCUUUUCCCAAGGCGAUACGACUAGGAACAACAUAUUUGAGUUAUUUCGUACUAUAGCAUGGUGCUUGGCGGAUAUGUCUCCAGAAUUUGGGAAGCAUGUUACCAACGCCAUCAAAGACAACCCAGGCAUACAGACAAAGGUUCCCUUACAGCAGCUCCAAAAGCUAAUCAUCGGCCCUCUUACGAUUCUUGAUGAGAGUAAAUAUGUACCUCUACUCCUCAUCGUCGUGAUUGACGCUUUGGAUGAGUGUGACAAGGAGGACGCACAAGACUUGUUGGGCAUGCUUAUACACCUGCGAAAUCUACACCAGAUACGGCUUCGCUUUUUGAUCACGAGCAGACCUGAAGAACAUAUUGCCACGAGCUUCGCGCCUUUACUUAGCGGGCUAUGCCGAAGGAUUCAACUGAACAAGAUCAAAUCGGCGACCGAUAAGAACAACGACAUCGUCUACUAUCUAUCCGAGACACUAAAAGAGAUUGCGAAGACACAAGGCGUUGCCGAUGACGGAGUCAGUAAUGCUGACAUCAUAAAGCUGGCCGAAAAGGCCGAUGGUCUUUUCAUUUACGCUGCUACUGCAUGUCGAUUCCUCACCCCUAACUUUGCGCACAAGACAUUAAGAGACGAACACUUGGCUCUUAUUUUUGACGGCGAAAUAGAGGAAGACGGUCCACAGCAAAAGGUUGAUGGAAUAUACCUCAAGGUUCUGGCAUUUCCUGACAUCCAGAAGUCUCACAAAAGAGUACAGACUACUUUUUACGUCUACAUCAGCAGACUCAUCGGUUUCAUGGUCGUCUUGUUUCGACCCGCCUCAGUGGAAACACUUUUCCACUUACUUCACACGGCAACGCCUGGAAUGACAGAGAAGAUGAGGGAAACAGUAAGAAGAGAUCUCCACAGUUACCUGCGCCGCCUCCAUUCGAUCAUAAAUGUCCCUGAGGAAGCUGGAAUUCCUCUCUCGCUUGCACACCUAUCGUUCCGCGACUUUGUUCUCGACCAGGAACGGUCCAAACGACUCCCGUUUUCCAUCGACGAGCUUUCCAUGCACCGCGAGGUACUGCAUCGAUGUUUCGUGCUUAUGAACUCGAAACUUCGGCAAAACAUCUGCUGUUUGAGCCUCCCGGGAUCACUCGUUUCUGAUGUCGAUCCUAGUCACAUCUCAUAUCACAUUCCUCAAUACCUACAAUAUGCGUGUCGCUACUGGGUCGAGCAUCUGCUCAAAGCAGAUCGUAAAUUUCUGACCCAUACUACAUUCGAGGAUACUGAGGACCAUUCGUCAGCUGGUCUCGUCUACAAGCUUCUGAAAGAAAAGCUCCUAUACUGGCUGGAGGUCAUGGCAUUCAUUGGAGAGGCACCGUCAAUAAUUCCGAUGUUCAGCCAGUUGGAAAGGUCUAUCGAAUUGUCCACAAACCCUGAUCUAUCAUCUUUAUUGCUUGAUGCAAAGCGCUUUGUACUAAACAACCGAUGGAUUAUUGAGCAUACCCCUCUUCAAAUGUAUUGCUCUGCUCUUCUUUUCUGCCCAAGGGAGAGUCUAGUGCGUUCCUACUACCAAACGAUGAUUCCUGUUUGGAUCACGAAGAAACCUCAAACUCAGCAAACCUGGACUGCCGAGCUUUCUACCCUCGUAGGCCACACAGGUCAUAUUUGCGAUACAGCAUUCUCUCCGACCGAAACACUACUCGCGUCUGUCUCAGGUGAUAAUACAACUAGGGUCUGGGACUAUGUUACUGGAUCAGAAAAAUACAGGUUUGAGGAUCCAGGUAAACCGCUGAAGGUGUGUUUCUCGGCCGAUGGGCUCAGCCUUGCUUCGGGGUGCCUGGAUGGGACUGUGCGCGUCAGAGAUCUCAGGAAUGGAACAGAAGUCAGUCUACAUUCUCCAUCCUAUGUCAAAGGAAUGUUAUUUUCACCAAUCAGUCGCAACAUCGUGGCAUCAAUAUGCAACGAGAACAUUCUCCGUGUAUGGGAUAUUGCAGGAAAAAGACAGUUGCUCGCUCUACAACUUCCGGAUAGUGGCAAGAAGAAACAUAUAGUUUUCUCACCAGAUGGAAAGCUCGUGGCUGUUUGUCUUUACUACUCUGCUGCGCUCUGCAACGUUGAACUUGGGCAAUUAGUUCAUGAAUUCCUGCCGCAUAAGAGAUUGAAGGGAUUCACAGCAACGGAGUAUAUCUGUGGACUGUCAAUUUCUACCAACAGCAGAAUCGUCGCAGUGAGAUUCGAUCACAGCAUCGAUAUUUGGGAAAUUAUGGCACCAAACCCGAAGUUGAUUAGAACCUAUGAGGUGGCUUGGAGCGAAUAUUCCCCAUUUCUGUUCAUAUCUCCAGGGGAGAUGAUCAAAGUCUGUCAAAGCCAUACCCAUUUGAUUGAUCUUUUUGACCUCACUACCGGAGACUUAAUCGGGACAUUUUUAAAGAGCUUUGUCAAGCAGGACCCGAAUGCUGGGCCUCUACGAGCAGAUAUACCGCCUUAUCAUCCUUUGAUUAGAAUCCUCAGCGGUCCAUCCACUUCAAGAUUCAGGGGUAGAGAGAAGAGUGCCCCAGAGAACGUGAAGUUUUCUCUUGACAAUGAGAAAGCGCUGAGCUAUUCUUUCAGCACAGAAACAAAACAAUGGAAUACGAUUGACGGGUCUAUGAAGGCAUUCGAGGUCAAUGUCCAGGCACUUACAUACUCACCAGAUGGCGAAUUUGUCCUUUUACAGCUGAGCCGUGGUGAUAAAUUCCAGGUUUGGGACAAAAGCCUGACUCGAAAAGUUGCUACUUAUGAGCAGUGGGCUUAUAUGGACUUUGUUCCCGAUACCAGCCAUUUAAUUUCGUUGUCUCUCGCGGGGAAUUUCAAGAUUCUCUGUCACGAUCCCGGAAGACUUUCCUUCGAGACGGUCAAUGAAUUUAGUCUUCCUGCCGUGUACUUCCGCAGCAAGCGAAGAUUAAGCAGUGAGAGGGCAAAACCCUUCUACGUUUCACCAAAUGGCGAAGUAGUCGCCGUAGUUCUCGACUAUCAUGACCCUAACCAUUACAGCAGCCAUGGCCAUGCCUCCUACUUACUGCAAAUAUGGAACAUUCCUAGGUGGGAAAAGAUUGGGGAGUUUCGGUUUCCCGUGAUUCGUCAAAUAGUCUUUUCGCCCGAUAGUAGAUACAUGGCUGUUGAGUUCCGCGGCCGUACUCUGCUCCUCCACAUAUCAAACGAAAUAGAUGUUAAAGAUUGGAAUCUCUAUGAUGGUAUUUCUAUAACAUUCCACCCCUCUCGUCGGAUGUUUGGUAUUGUGUCGGGAAAAAACAAAACUGUAUCAGUAUGGGAAGGUACGCCAUUGGUCAAACGUUUCAUGUUGCAAUCGCCCGAAAGUUUCCGUGUGAGAAGUAUCGCUUUCUCUACAACAAACAAACUUGUCGCCUUAUCAAAUUCAUACGAUACAGGUUCUAUCAUUGAAAUAUGGGAUACCACAACUAAGCAGAUCAUCGGUUCACAGAACCUUAUACUGAAAGGGUUUGCAUUUUCUCUGCGCUUUUCCAAAAAGGAAGUCUUCUUGGUGUCAAGUAGGGGCCGACUGCCACUUCCUACGCAAGACAUUGCAGAUGCAAGCCCGGACAAGUCGCUGGAUGGUCUACAUAAAUGCCUGUAUGUUUUGGAUGACUGGGUAUACCAAGGACGUGAGCGACUCAUCUGGCUUCCGCCAUCAUAUCGGCCGCCGACCUCUGAGACAAGAAAUAUUGAAGUGCAAGGGGAUACGAUUGCAAUAUCUUAUGAAGGAAAUUCUGUGAAGUUCAUUGGGAUUUCUCUUGAGGAUACGCCUGUUGCGAAGCAUUAUCUGGGAUUGGUAAGAAAGUAA